AUGGCCCUGGGCGUAAAUAAGCCCCGGGGAAAUCAGUCAGCGCGCUCAAAGACCUACUGGAAGACAAGUGACUGCGUUCGCUCUCAAGACACGACCAAGGGAAGUUUUCACUGCAACUUCGCCAUGUCCCGCCUUCUUCUAAUUGUGGCUUUGGCCGUCUUUACCGCAUACGUCGCCAACGGUCACGGUCACGGUCAGCCCCCGACCUUCGAGUGCAAGGAGGACGGUAUCUUCGUCGACGUUUACAGGGACUGCCAAGUGUUCUACCAUUGCCAGGAUGGCGUCAAGACCACGUCCGGCUGCCAUGAUGGAUACCGCUACGACCUGGAGACGUACGCCUGCCGACCCCCGGCGGAGGUCAGCUGUCCUUUACCAGAACUUUGAGUGAGGAGACACGAAGGAGAAGAACAGAUAGAGAGCAAAGGCGUGAGAGAGGGGGAGGUGAAUGCAAACUGUUAAGUGGAGAGGCUGGUAAAAGUGAUUGUGAGUGGGAUAUAAUGUAAAAAAAAGAAAAUAAAAGUUAGAAACGCAU